AUGCGACGCUCUACCAGCGCCAUACAUCGUCUCUCGCCGCAAAAAGUCACAGACCCAGAUCUUAUCGCCAUACGUGCGAAGCUAUUUGAUGCUUUUACUGUCAAGGCGUCCGCUCUCGUGACGCCGCCAGCUACUAACUUGUCUCCUCCGUGUUCCCACGCCGGUCCGCAUCCGGGUCCGAAUCAGGGUCCGGGUCCGUCUGGCACUACCCACCGCUCUCGCUCUCGCUCACGAUCAUCUCGACAUCGACGAACACACCGUCAUUCUAAACCGCGAAUAGUUGUUGGUCCCGGUACCAUCCAUCGACUGCCAUCUGAGCUGGCUCGAUUGCAUUUGUCGUCGCCCCUCAUAAUCUCAAGCCCCUCACGAUCAAAUCUCGCUCGCAAAAUCCAGGCCAUCGUUCCGAACCUCGAUAGUCGAAUUCUAAGCUCAGGGGUCACUUCCGUACCCUCCAGUAUCUCCAGCAGAGACUGCGUCGUUAGUAUUGGAGGUGGCUCUGCUGUCACUUUGGCUCGAGCCGUUAGCCUACGAAAAGGGAUUCCUCAUAUUUGCAUCCCCGCGACCUAUAGCGGAAGUGAACUACACGCUGGUGCCAGGCCCGGCGAUUCUGUAACCGAAGAGGAAGCUAGGGAACUUGCAAUUGAAGUCAAGACACUUCCUGCCGUUAUUAUUUACGACGACAACCUCACCAUGAGCUCUCCCACCCGAUUCUCGGCACCCAGCGAUGAGAAAGUCAUGGAGGACUUUGCUCGAGCCGAUGAAUCGCCCAAGUCUGAAGAUGCGUGCUGGAGUUAUCUCCAUAUUCCUGGCGUUUAA